UGCUUUGACUAAGAAUGCCAGAGGCACAGGGAAAUGGCUUUGGCCGCGACGCUGUCAUGUUUGUGGUGGUGGUGGCCAUUGUGGUGGUUCCAUACUGGUACGAUAGACGUCUCCAGAGGGUGGACGAGAAGAUGCAAAUGGUUCUUACACAGUCAGAAAAAACAAACCAGAUGGCUCUACAGAUAGUGAAGUCUGAGUGUGAUAACAGAUAUCAAAGACUUAAAACAUUCUAUGAGGACUAUGUCAAGAGUUUGAAUGAAGAACAGACCAACAGGGUCCAUAGGCUGGAAAACUCUUACGAGGAUCUUAUUUACCACCUUGAGGAAGCAUAUAAAACCAAAGUAUCCCGGAAAGGUGACAAGAUUGACGUUUCCGGUACCACAGGAAAUAAGUCUUGUCCGGAUGGUUGGGUGUCCUUUGGUCCUUCUUGCUAUGUGGUGAUCCAUACAGUAACAACUAUGCCAUCAGCGAUGCAUCAUUGUUAUGAUCUGAAUGCAAAGUUGGCGGAAAUUGAGACUGAAAAAGAGAGAAAUUUCAUAGUACAACACAUGAAAGACCUAAGAUCGCCAGAAUGUAUGUGGAUUGGAGGGUCUGACGCUAUCAUUGAGGGUCAGUGGUACUGGAUGACGUCACAGGUGACAUUUACGUUCGCUGAUUGGGUGGAGGGGGAACCAAAUAAUGACAGAGGAGGAGAGGAUUGCGUUCACAUCAACCCCGAGUCCGAUUACCACUGGAACGACGCCAAAUGUACCAUAGCCUACAAGUUUAUAUGUGAGAAAGAGAGAGAAGUUAAAAAAAGAAACAUUUUUUAAUGAUGUCAGCACCAGAUGUUCACCUGUAGUCUUUCAAUACUAGUAUAUUCACAGAUAGCACAUUUCAAAAAACAAAUUUA